GUGUUCUCCUGUGUAUGAGAGACUCUGUGGUUUUGGGACAUGUCAGGGUCAUGUUAGUAUUAAAAUGCUGUUAAAAUGUCUAAACUGCCGCGCACUGCACUGACCCUCAAACAGUUUCUACAGAGACAGAAGGUUCUAGGUCUGUACCGCAGUAUGCUGAGGACCAUUCGAGAGGUUCCAGAGGAGGCAGAUCGCAAGUACUUGAGGGACUGGGCGAGAGAGGAGUUCAAAAGGAACAAGGAGGCGACUAACCAGGAUGCGAUUCGUAUGAUGAUCACACAAGCCAACAAUCAUCUCCAAGAGCUGAAGACAUCACUUGCCCUGGCCAAGAGUUGACGGAUCACCAUCAAUAAAUAUACUCUGUAAAACCUGCACUAGUUUUCCUCCUCCUCUUUGUGGCCUGUUUGAUUAUUAGUAUUACACUCUCACUGGGGUGAGCCUGACAAGUUCAUCACAUCUGCUGUGUACAGGAGGUUCAUCAGCUUCUACAGACUGAUGUAUGAUUUUUCUCAAUCAUUCGCAUUGUAUUUAAUUUGUACAGUCCAAGCUUUGUGAAUGCAUUUUGAUUAAAUUAGUGUUGAAAGAAUAAAAUGAAAACGCAA